AGGAAAAGCGUGCACGUUAUUCUACUCUUUUCAAAAAAAAUCCUAGUGUCUUUUAAACCAGCAGAACGAGAAGUGUUUUUGAAAACAUACUUUAAGCUAGCAAGUUUCUGGCGACGCCACGAAAAAUAAAACGAAACCAAGACAUCUCUGACCACUUCCACCAGCAUGCCGGCCGGAGCAGGCGUCGGCAGCUUGUUCGGUGCAUGGAGCACCAUCAAUCUAUUGGUCACCGAGCACCGCACCGCGAAGGCCGAUUUACCGAUCCACUGUGAGGAGCAUCAGGCCAUCGGGCAGUGGAAGAUCUAUGGGAAGAGGUCCAGUUGCGCAGGUAUCGAGUUUCCCAACACGGUGGCUAGUACGUUGGAGGAGGAGAACAAGAAGUCGCUCGAGAACGACAAGUUUCAACAUAUAGCUGACGUCGUUUUGCAUCCGAAGGGGAAGCUGGAACUACUCUCGAACGGGGGCGCCACCGACCGCCGUCGUGAAGACCACGUGGACGAAAACGCAGCAGCACACAAAUGGACAAUGGCGUAUGAUGAGGGAUUUGAGCUGCGGCUGCCACUGGAUCAGCAUAUUUCCAGCACAACUCAUGGUACACCAUCGACUUCAAAGCCGGUCACUUCCUCCUUGUUCGCGUUUUUUGAGUUUCAGCCCUUGAACAAGGACAAGCACUUAUCUGCCUCCUCGUAUUACGGAGAAAACGACGACGGCACGGUGACCGACUUUCGAUCGAAUUGCGGCAAAACGAUGUUCGGGUGGGGGGACCAUCCGAAAGCCAAGUGCUGGUACGCGGAACGGGUGGAUGGCAGCACGACCAGCGCUGCAGUGACGCGUGGCGCCGCUGAUGCUUCGUUCAUGAAACAGCAGGUGGUUCGCUGGUCGAAGGUGGCGCGCCAAGUCGACGGCAAGCCGGUGAGUCGCAAAUUAGUGGUUUCCCCGAUGAUCAUCUCGGGAGGUCCGGUUGGCUUUUUCCCGGUGCCACAAGGGGCGCUCGGGCAUCAGCAACCCCUGGUUCCGUCUGAGGAGUGGAACCGCAAUCCGUUGGAAAACGCAGCGCAGGUUGAAACAGCUUUGAGCAGUCCAGCUGUUGCGACAAACAAAAAUGUUCGAGCGCCGAAGGUAAAAGUAUAAAUAAGUUAUGGCCUUCUACUUUACACUUAGUUGUGUGGUGCCGAAGCGACUUUAAUAUAACAGUUGCUAGUACAACUUCUUCGUCUGCAUUUGGAUUGAUUUUGACCUAAAUCAAUUCAAAUGCAGACUUCUCAUGCAUGCACGCAAAAGCAUAACCAGCAAACUUUGUGUAGGCGUCACGCACAACAGCAAAAGCUUAAGCGAUUACGAAAAUCUUUGGUGUACCGGAAUUCACCAUGACACGGCAUUGAGAUUAAAUGCACUAGUACAAGUACUACUUUAUACGAUAACCUUACCCAUAUUGCAACAGGCUUUCGACUGGCAUGCGACCGCGUCGGAAACUGUGUUUGGGCAAAGCGAAGUCCUGAACCAAGGAUCGUGUGGGUCGUGCUACGCCAUUGCGUCGGUCGCUGCGAUCGAGGCGCGGUUUCGAAUUGGCCUGCGACGGAGGUACGGCGUCGACGUACCACUGCAGCUGUCGCCCGAGAGCGUCGUACAUUUUGAUUUUUACUUUUUUUUUGGAAUUCAAAUUCAAAAGCACAGCGCUAGCUCUCUUAGGCCCGUGUUGUUCCGUAAGGGUAAGCUUCAUGGCCACGUCGCUGAUCUGUCGGUCGUUCUCGUCGUCUUGCAGCUGAAAUAAACGAGGCAUUUAUUUUAACUGACAACAUAAUUGUUGAGGUAAGCUGUUCGGAAACCAACCAAGGGUGCAAUGGCGGGCUUCCUUUUUUGGUUGGACGUCACGCGAAAACGUACGGCAUCCGCGAAGCCUCGUGCCUCCCCUAUGACAGUUCCGACCAGCGUGACCUCGGCUACGCGACCUACGAUAAAUGCAUGCGGGACAAGGAAUCCGAUACCUGUCCGGCCACCAAGACUUCCUUUUUCCAAGAUCCAACGCCGAAGAAUGGUCCGUUCACCAUCAAACACCAGUCCUUCUUGAUGCAACAGCGAAAGUUGAAGAGAGACCAGGAUUUUGUCGGCCCACCGACGGAGGAGGAACUUUUCCAGGGACCGAAGAAACGCUCUUCGUACCACAUGGAUUGGAGUGUCUUCAUGGAACCGGCAAAACCCAGCGACUUGCUGCCGUUGAAGUAACGCAAUAAUGAGAUAGAGAUUGAUUUUGAUUCGUCGAAAUAUACGCUUCGUGAAGAACAACACCUGAAAGCGUAUGACCGUGAAGUAAAAAAACGGGCAAAAAUAGUACGCAGUUGUUUACACUACCGGAUCUGCGUUUGUUUCAUCUGACAGCCCCGCUAAAUGAAACCCACAGAUUGCGCACGCCUUACGCAGAAGUUCCGGCGUCCUCUGCUAAAUCUUCGACUUCCUUCCUCCAGCUGUUGUCCGAAAAGAAGCAAAAAGCGAAAGAGGGGGAAGGGCACAAGAGUCUGUUGUCCUCGGUCGGGGGCGCGUUUGAGGCCGCGUACCAGCGCUUCCAGGACCUGGAAAACGACCUGUUCCCGGUGUACCACAUGCACGGAAAUUCCCUGACCACGCCGAACGUGGAGACGACGCAUCCGGAACUCCACAAGUUGCUCAAGCAACUCACCUAUUUCGUGAAGGUAAGCGCAAGCUCCUCAUCUCUUUUAGUCUCGGCUGUUUUUGUUUGAAGAAGAUGAAAAAAAAACGACAAUCCGAUUCCGAAACAUCUGUAUGGCGGUGAAGAAAGUCAUUUCAGUUUACUCUACUCGCUUGGGGGCGAGGUCGCAUUUCCAUUUUCUUGCGUUACUACUCCGUCUUGCGGCUCUGAACCUGAUCGAAAGAACAUUAAAGAGAACAUUACAAAGAUUUUGAAGGGUUGCUUUUGAAGACAAGAAAGGACACAGAAAACCAAUGGUGUUGUCGUGGAUCUUAAACUCAAAACAGGACUACGGCUACGUGGGUAACUACUAUGGCGGUUGCAACGAGGAGCUGAUGAAGCAGGAGAUCUACCAGCACGGCCCGGUCGCGAUUGCCGCCGAAGUGCCAGAUGAACUGUCCACCUACAGUGGCGGCGUGUUCUCACCCCCCGCCCAGCCCAAGAGCCACCUGCACUACCUGGCCAAGAACGGGAAGCCGACGGAGGACGCGAAGAGUGGCACUUUGGAGUGGGAGUUGACCACGCACGCCAUGGUGGCGGUCGGGUUUGGCGUCACCGCCGACGGGGAGCAAACGCCCUACUGGACCGUGCGGAACAGCUGGGGCCAGCAGUGGGGCGACAACGGGUACUUUCUGUACAAGCGCGGGUCUAACGCGGGUGGCAUCGAACACCAGGCGGUCUGGUUUAAGCCGGACUUUGACCGCUUCGAGCGGGACUUGCAGAAGCUGCAGCACGUUGCGCCGGGUGGUAAAUUUAGCGCUGGACAGCUGCUCGCUUCUGUGUCUUCCAAGCCAAGCGCUUCCGCCUCGUUUUUGGACCAGAAUGAAAACACGAAAACUGCGAACUACCAUCCUGGCGGCCGGCAGAAACGGAACAAGUUUAAAGUGAGUCACUGAUUUUUAGGACCAGUUGUAAGUUCUUGUGUUUCAAUGAAAUUCUUUCAUUUUGAUGAAAAAUAGGCCCUGAAAAUCCCGUCAAGGUUGAAAAUGAACACCUGAGACAUUUUUGUAUUUUGCUGACUAUUUAGAGCUUAUUUUGCGUUUCUUGUUUUGAUUAGUUUUGUUUAACGACCGAAUUGAUUCACCCGGAUGAACAAAAAAAAAGUUUCUCAAGUUUAUGUUUCGUUUUCACCGAAACCACGCCAAGACGGCGAAAUCAUUUCAGAUUAUCGGUUUUAUUUUCCUAGAAACAAACUAUGAACCCUUCCGCAGUGACACCGCAGUGGGAAUUUUCUGUUUCUCCUGCAGACAUGAUGCUGCGCCAUUCAAGAUUAUCGAGCUAAUUUGCAAUUUUCUGCAAUACCACCUAUCACGGUUGUCUUUUAUCUAGAAAAAUGAAUUUAUUCGCUCCGAUUCAUUGCAAACGAGAGCGAUGUCUUGUUGAGCAAUUGUUUUUCGAACUUGUUUUUCUGAUUUCUUGAUGAUUUUGCAUUGCACUUUUCUGGCAUCUGCAAUCUGCGAAUUCAGCCCCGAACAACCACACGUGAAUGAUAUCCUUUUCGUAGAACUUUUCUUUGUUUCACCCUUCUUCUAGAGUGUCAUUAACUUCAAAAAAGGAUAUUUCCAGCAGGUUUGCUUUUCGAUCUCGAGCUUUCGUUUUUCCCUUCAUGGGAACAGCGUAUCAUUCUCGUCCUCGUGAUGAUGGCUUCAGCCCGCGGGCGACCAAUCUUGUAAGAUUUGAUUUCUAUUUCUAUUUGUACUUCGUUAAGGAGACGAAUACGCUGACUUUGCAGGUGAAAAUGUGAAGGCAGCACAGCCAGCAAUUCAGAGAACAACAGCA